AUGGAUGAAAAUAGAAAUGGAAAGCAAAAUUAUACUAAAUCUAUCGAAGAAAAUUAUAAAGAAGAGAAGUGCAAAAGAAAUUAUAAGAAUAAUUUUCAAAAAAUAAGAGACUCUGAAUCAGAUUACAGAGUGAAACCAAAUAACAUAAAUUCAAUACCACAACGGAAACAAAGGACCCAUUCUCGUUCUCGGUCACCACAUAAAAGCUCUAAACAAUGGAUAAGUUCUAAUGCUUUUAUAAAUUUUAUUCAGGACUUUAGUCAAAAUUUUACUGGUGUCAAAAGUACAAAAAUAUUUGAAAUGGCUAGUAAAAUAUGGGAGAAAAUGUCGUCUGAUGAAAAGCAGCCAUAUAUAAAAGCAGCUAUGAGUAUUAAAAAUAAAAAGCAAAAUCAACAAAAAAUUGAAAAUAUAAAUAAACUUGAUAACGGUAUAGUACAACCAAGGAAUGAAGAGACACAGAAACAAGAAAAGAUUGGCAAGAAAGAAAAAAAAGAAAAUGAAACAAAAAAGUCUACCAAGAAAAAAUAUGAUACUGAAUCAGAUAGUGGUUCAAUCAGCUCAGAUACAUCAGGCACAAAUACAAAUGAAGAUAUGAGCACAUAA